AUCUCCCCGCAUCGGUCAACGGGUCUCGAGAUGUGCUUUUACCGAAACACCCCUCCACCACUUCUGGUAUUAUUAUCCUUUUCCCCCUCUUGUUCCACCAUCACUGAUCUCCACCCAAUUUCAAAACUCACAGAGCAGAAGAAAUUGAAAUAUUUGGGCAAACAAAAAAGGAAAAAUCAGUUGAAAAAAAAAGAAAGCCCAAAUAUUUAUAUAUAUAAAUUAAAUUGAAGGGAAAAUGGAGCAUCCGUUCUUCAUGACGAACCCUAACCUGACGGAGGCGGCGCUGCGGUGGCUGAGCAUCGCCGAGAAGCUGCUGGCGAACCGCGAUUUGAUGGGGAGUAAGUCGUUUGCGACCCGGGCGCAAGAGUCCGACCCGACCCUGAUUCACGGCGGCCAAAUCCUGGCAAUCAUCGACACCCUCCUCGCCGGCGACAAGCUGAUAAACAACCAGCUCGAUUACUACGGCAUCCUCCAAGUCCCGCAUGACCAGACCCAUGACUCGGACCUGAUUGCGAAUCAGUACCAGAGACUCGGCGUCCUCCUUAACCCUCGGAAGAACAACUUUCCGUACGCCGAUCAAGCUUUCCGGCUUGUGACGGAUGCCUGGGCUGUACUCUCCGACCCCUUCAAGAAAAGCGUGUAUGAUAAGGAGCUAGGGUUCUUCAUAAACCUCAACCCUUACCCGGUUGCUUCCGCUCCUAACCCGAUUCCCCCUCCGCCACAGCAGCAGCAGAAUGCUUUUGCAGUAAUUGCAAACUCCGGCAGAGACCAUCAGCAGCAGAUGUUCUUCGCGAAUCGCGAGCAGCAUCAGCAGCAGCAGUUUACCCCCGGUCAACCGUUGACCUUUCUGAAUCGCGAGCAGGUUCAGCAACAACAGGUUCAUCAACAGCAGGUCCAAACAAUGUCCUUCUUGCAGCAGCCGUUUACAGGCAUGGAUCAGCAGCAAUCUCAGCCAAUCACAUUUCUCAGUCAGCAACAACAGCCUCAGGUAACCUCAGUCCCCAGCUUGAAUGUAGACCAAUUGCCUGCGGUGACUUCUAUGCCCAGUUCGACUAGAGAGCCACAACCAUUUACAUUUGGUCCAAGUUUAGGUCGAGCCCAACAACCACCACCACUACCACAAGUCCCUCCCACCGAGACCCCCACCGUGUAUCAACAAAGGAAUGAGCAAAAUGAGGGUCUUGGAGGAAAUAAUCAGUCUGAUGAGAAUAUGAGCCAGCCUAGAGAUAAGGAGAGUGAAGUAGACGAAGCAAAUGAUGUUGAUCCAAAGGAGGAUGAGCCAAAGAAUGACAUCCCCAGCUUCUGGACUGCCUGCCCAUAUUGUUACCACAUGUUUGAGUACCCUGAGGUUUAUGUUGAUUGUACUUUGAGGUGCCAAAAUUGCAGAAUGGCAUUCCAAGCCGUAGUGAUUUCGUCUCCACCCCCAAUUCUUGAUGGGAAAGAAGCUUAUUUUUGUUGUUGGGGCUUUUUACCCUUGGGGUUUUCCGUAUCAAUUUGGGAAAAGUAUCGGGAUCAGGCAACAUCUUGGACACCCUUUUCUCCCAUGUUUAGUACUCCUCAAACUGGUGGGGUGAAUGCAUAUCAUUCUGUUGGCAGGCAGGAGAAUGUUAAAAGCUAUAGGGAUCAGGGUUUUGGUGGAGUGAGGAGGUCAGCCCCAAAAGUUAUUGUUGAUGACGAUGUGUAUGUAGACUUAUUAUCAGAGUCUAGUGAUGAGUCAGAUGAUGAUUGGAAGAAAGGGUAUCAGUAUAAGAAGAAAAAUAAAACAAAGAGAGUGAAGGGAAAGGGGGGCAUGACAGGUACUCUGAAUAGAAAUGGUAUGAAACUGAAAUCUGAUCAUGGAAAGAAUGCCAAAGCUAAUAAGGCUGGGGAUAAUUCUCAAGGAGGUGUUACCAUGCAAAACGGGUCACGCAUGCCAGCGGAAAUGGUCAAGAAAGGCACGUUGAGCAGCACAAGGAGGCAGUCAGGGAACCCUGCCAAUGGGAAAUUGGAUUUGAAUGUGGAGUUCAGCAACGAGGGCGAGGAGCCUCCGCCGAUUAUAAAUGGACAAACAGGAAGGGGAGAGGAUGAUGUGAUUGAGGGGAAUGGGUUUUUUGAGGGUCUUGAUGAAUUCCUGAGCAGUCUUCCUAUUCUGAAUGCUGUUGGUGACGAAAAGGUUAAGGCUGCCUAGCAAAGUUAGACCUUUGCGCUUGUUGUAAUUGUAGCUCUCUAGUUUAGCUUUUGCCUUUUUUGUAUGUUGUAAAGAACAACGUAGAGCUACUUGGGUAAUGGCCUUAUGUUUUCUCCAUGGUUGCUCUACUCUAAGCUUUUGCAUUUUGUAUGUUUCUAGUAAGGAACAGUGUAGUAGAGCUACUUGGAUACCUUUCUUGAUGGUUUUCCUCCUUCAGGUUUUAUGUAGCAAAUAAGGUGGCAGUGAAUCUUCCUAAUUCUAUUGGAAGGAUCAGUUUGAUACUACUGUUUUCGUUACACACAAGCUGCAAAACAGAUAAAGCUAGUAGUUUGCAGUGGUUUUGUUUCUUACAAGGCCCAAACUGUUCUGGUUACUUAAAUUUCCAAUUUGCUUCUGUGACUAAAUGGAACUACAUUGCUUUCCUUCAUUUAUGCUUGCAGGAAUAUAUUGACCAGCCACUGAGUCCUGAAUAGCCAUCUUCUUUAGCUGUGCAAGUAAUUGAGAAAAAG